CAAAAGAGAAAGCUGUCAAAGAAGGCUGUUUCAUGUUUAUUGUUUAUAUUCUCUGAUUUGCACAAUGGAUUUGCAUGGCUCAGUGGCUGCAAAACUAUGAAAAAAAGUAUGAACUUCUUCGCGAAUAGUAAAAUUAAAGUAGAGACACAGUCGUAUGAGUUCAAACAACCAGCGCCUGGCUGUAGCAAGUUCAUGAACGAUGUUUAUCUCGAAAACUUUUGCGUUUGUUGUCUUGCUAAUGGAAUAUCGCUGGUGAAAUUAAGCAGUUGUUCUCACAGUGGUUUUUUAAAGUCUUAUUUUCUUAACGAAAUCAACUUUCAGAAAUCAUUACUAUGUGACCACUGCCAUGCUAUAUUGAAAAAGAUCAGCACAUUCAAAAGCCAAGUGGAAUGCUGUGUGAAACAGCAGCAAAAGACUGUAAGUUGGAUAAAACUUCGAAGAUCAAAUAUAGUAAGAGCGUCAGUCAACCCUGAAGAUGUUAAACCAAUCAUGCGGAAUGCCGUAUUCAUACCGGAAAGUUUACCGGAAAUUCCGGACGAAGCUGAAGACAUGGAUAUAAAAGAGGAAUAUAUAUCGGAUGAAAGUACAAAAUCAGCUUUCACGUACGGCUACGAUGACGAUUAUGUGGAGGAAGAGAUACCGAAAGGGAAAAAUUUUGAAAAACAGGAAAUUCCGGAUAUAAAGCUGAUAAACCGGGCCACCACAGGUCAGAAUAUACAGUCAAACACUCUUCAUCAGUGCGAGAUAUGUAUGGCCAAAUUCGCAGAGAAGGAACACAUGCUGAACCACCAAACAAAACAUAAUCAGCCCACGCCAACAAAACCUAAGCCAAAACAGAAGAAAACAAUUGUUAAAACAAAAACAUCUUUGCCGGUCACGAAUCAGUACCAAUGUUUCGUAUGUAAUGCAACGUUUGAUGCCGAAGCAGCUUUAGAUAACCACAGACAAGAACACGAGAAGAUAAGGUUCGCUCGCAGCGACCUCUACGGCAAGAUAAGAAUGGUCUACCUCACCAGAGAACAGCUGGAAGCCGAGAGGGACGUGAUGCGAGCCACAGAGUACGCGAUGUACCAGAAUAAGUGUCAUUAUUGCUUGAAGAGUUUCAGCCUUGAGGACUCGCUGAAGUUGCACAUGAGGAGGCAUGACAAGAAAAGAGGCAAGUAUACGUGCCCUGUAUGCAAAUGUGUGUUUAAUAAAAGCACUAGCAUGAAACAGCAUGAAGAGCUUCAUUGGCGACGAUAUCAAUGCAUGGAAUGCGGAAAGAAAUUCAUUCAAGAUAGAAAAUGCAUCGCGCAUUACAAUGUAGAGCAUGCUGAUAAACACAAUCAAAUCGACGACUACUACGCGUGCCGGCAUUCGGAUUGCAACUAUAUUGCCAGUGACUUCGCAACAUACAGAAAACAUUUGAGAGAAAUCCAUCCUUCUAAAGUACAAUGUAAUCAAUGUAAUCAUGUUUUCCCUAACGCCUGGGAGCUGAAAUGCCACAAAAGAAACAAACACGAGGAAACACAUCAGGGUCCAUUCAAAUGUCACCAUUGUGAUAAGAAGUAUGCAGGCAAAAAUAGCCUCAGAAACCACGUACGCACAAACCAUAGACUAAUACCGGUGCUCAAGGAUAUCGCCUACUGCAAAACUUGCAAGAAACAGUUUAAAGAUAAAACAAGUCUGGUGAUACAUAUGAGGAAUAAUUCCAAACACGUCACGGACGAUGGGAAGAAGUACACGUGUGACCUUUGCGGUGCGAAGUUCGUCACCAAAACAGGUAUCCAGUCGCACGUAGAGAUGAAGCAUUUACCCUGCACGUACCAGUGUGACCAGUGUAAUAAGAUAGUCAGCUGCAGCAGGGCUCUAAGGAAACACAUGAAAGACCACAGCGAGAAACCAAAAGAGUUAAAACAAACGAAACUGUGUCAGAUUUGUGGGAAGGGGUUCAAGCACACUCCGAGUCUGAUAAGUCAUCUUAACACCCACACGGGCGAGAGACCACUUCAAUGCACUCGGUGUCCAGCAACAUUCGCUUACAAGGCGUCUCUGUACACGCAUAAUAGAAUUGUACAUAAAGUUCCCAAGAAAGGGGUUAAGUGAAGUAUUUCUGUGGUCUUUUGUGUUCAGUUUCAGAUAUAUCUGUGAACAUAUUGUACACAGGAAAAGGUUUAAGAAGUGAAGGAAUUCUGUGGCUUUUGUCUUAAUAAAGAUCAGAAAAAAAAUGCCCAAAAAAGAGUUUGAGAAGUGAAAGAAUUCUGUGGUCUUUUGUGUUCAAUAUUGGAGAUUUGUGAACAUAAUGUGCACAGGAAAAGGAUUAAGAAAUACAGGAAUGCUGUAGUUUUUUUUGUACAGUUUUAUAAAGAUCUGAGAAUAUAAAGUGUCCCAGAAAGAGCUUAAGAAGAGGAGAAAUUCUGUAGUCUUUUGCGUUCAAUAUAAGAACGAUCUGUAAACAUAAUGUUCACAGAAAAGGGGUUAAUAUACAAACUAUUUAUAUUUGUAUAUUUUUUUUAUUGCUUUGCCUUGUAUAACGAGACGAGCUUGCCGCUCGCUUGAUGGUAAGCGAUACGACCUCCCACAAUCACUAGAAACAUCAACACCUUGAAUUACAAAGUAUUGGUAUUCCACUGCGCUCGCUAUCCUGAGACAUGAGAAGUUAAACACGUAUUAAUAGCCAAGGGGGGGCAGGAUGGGCUGCCCACGCCUGAAUUCUUAAAAAGAUGGCAAAUAUAAAGCAACCAAAGUUUUAAAUCUUUGACUUGACUUGCUUGAUCGAUCAUUCCCGUACGUCGAAACUAGAAUGAAUUCCCCAAUACCAUUCCUAAUAUUCCGCACGCUUAAUUACGCUCUGCUCUGUGUUAUUGUUAAAGCGGAAAAGGGCGAGUAGGAAAGGAACAUGUGCCCUCGACUUUAUCUACAAUUCAUACUUUUCUCUUCCUCCAUAUCAACUUGACGCCCCCUCCCCCCUCUCCAGGCUGGCGACGCUCUUGUCAAUAGUAUAGACGUAAGCAAAGAGAAUUAUAAUAAAGAACGUAAGUGACUAUAAUAAAACAUUUAAGGAAGGCAUAUACGAACUUAUACGUUAAGAUUUAUCAAUAAAUAUAAUUUUAAAACUGAA